AUGUCGCGCUCCUUCUAUGUUGAUUCGCUCAUCGUCAAGGACGCGGCGGUGGCGGCGAGGCCGGUGGUGCCUGCCCUGCCGGAGCCGCCCCCGCCGCCCCCCGGCCAGGACUUCCUCAUUCCGCUGGGCGUGCCGGCGCCGCUGGUGAUGUCUGUGGCCGGCGGGCCCGCCUGCCCGUCGCGCAAGAGCGGCGGCUCCUUCUGCGUCUGCCCGCUCUGUGUCACCUCGCACCUGCACGCCACGGCGCGGGCGGGCGCGGCGGGCGGAGGCGCCGCCGCCGCCGCUUCCCUCCCGCUGCUCAAGGGCCACUUCGCUCCCGGAGGAGCCGGGCAGGGCGGCGAGAGCCAGUUCUGCCCCCGGAUGAGCCACGUCCAGCAGCAGACGGCCCCGCAGCAGCAGCAGCCACCCCUCGGCUCGGUGGCAUCCGCGGCGGCGGCGGCGGCGGCUCAAGCCUUAGCCCACCCACCUGUUUGCGCAGCGGCCGCCUACGGCAUGAGCGACCCCCGGCGUUUCCACUGCCUCGGCCUGGGAGGUUCGGACGGCGCCGGUUCGCUGCAGAACGGCAAGCGGAUGCGCACGGCCUUCACCAGCACGCAACUCCUGGAGCUGGAGCGGGAGUUCUCGGCCAACAUGUACCUGUCCCGGCUGCGGCGGAUCGAGAUCGCCACGUACCUCAACCUGUCGGAGAAGCAGGUGAAGAUCUGGUUCCAGAACCGGAGGGUGAAGCACAAGAAGGAAGGCAAGGGCGCCCAGCGGAACACCCACGGCGGCUGCAACUGCGCCGGCAACCCGGGUCGCUUCCCCAGAUCCGAGGACGAAGAGUCGUUGUCUCCGGCCUCGGCGAACGAAGACAAGGAGGUCUCCCCGUUGUGAUGGGGACUCCCCUCCGGACUGUAGCGCUCUGCGGACAA